UACUCGAACAGGCGGGUUAUGUUCUUGCCACUCGCUCUCUUUUACUACUCUAGCAUUAGCAAAGCAUGCCCUGUGUCCAACUAAAAUAGUGGAACUUGGAACAAGUUUAGGGUUUAUACGGUUACAAAAUUGAACUCACAAAGAUUGAUUUCUUAUAAUGGAAUCAGUUUCAUGGUCAUCUUCUCACAUUUAUUUUAACCCCAUCUCUCUUCGGUUUCAGUUAAGCCCUUCAAUCCUUUCUUUUCCUCAUUGUUAUACAACGUCUCGUCAACAACGAUCUUCUGCCUUGAAAACUACUACUUCUGGUUACUCUGCGGCUGAUUUAUUGAAGAAGCCGACGGUGGAGGUGAAGGACCAUGUUGGGGUUUUUGAAGAUAAAGAGGGCAAGACAAGAGGGGAAAAAAACUGGGUGGAUUGGGAGGAACAGAUUCUGGAGGACACUCUACCCUUGGUUGGCUUUGUUAGGAUGAUUCUUCAUUCGGGCAAAUAUGAAAAUGGCGAGAGAUUAAGUUCCGAGCAUGAGAACAUUAUUAUACCGAGGCUGUUGGCACAUCAUCCAGAGAUUGAGAAGAAAAUUGGAUGUGGAAUUAAUUACAUCAUGGUUGGGCACCAUCCAGAUUUUGAAAGCUCAAGAUGUCUAUUCGUUGUCCGUACGAAUGGAGAUAUGGUCGACUUUUCGUAUUGGAAAUGCAUCAAGGGAUUUAUCAGGAAAAAGUAUCCUUUAUACGCCGACAAUUUUAUCGUCCAGCAUUUCCGACGGCACAGACUUAAGGACUGAAGGUAAAAUGUUUCAAAUUGUACCUAAAAGUUUUCCUUGUAUGGCACUUCCUUAACAAGUUCAUUUGAAAUUCUAAAUUCUAAAUUCUAUUCUUAAAUAUAUGCAUAUUAGUUAUGAAUCGUUUAAUA